AUGAGUCGGGUGCUGAUGACUCUGAACAAGAAGUUAGGAGGAGCCGAAAGAGGAAGUCCAAGAGAUGGCCAAGCAGGCGAAGCAAGAGCAACAGGAGUAGCAGUAAGAGAAAAAGUAGUAGUAGUAGAAGGAAGGAUAGGGAUAGUUAUUCGGAUGAAAAAGCUGAAACGCUCAUCCUCUUCGUUGUCAAAGCGCAUCAAGAGCAAGAGCGAUUUGAAUGAGAGUUCCGAUGGUGAAGUAGAUGCAAAAAGUAAGGAGAAUGAUGAUGAGAUGAUUGAGUUGCAGAAGAAAACUGCUAUGGAUAAUGAACCGGUGGUUGGGCCAGUGCCAUUGCCGAGGGCUGAAGGACAUAUUAGCUAUGGUGGGGCACUUAGGCCUGGUGAAGGUGAUGCCAUUGCUCAGUAUGUUCAACAAGGGAAGCGUAUUCCACAUAGAGGUGAAGUGGGUCUUUCAGCUGAUGAGAUUUUGAAGUUUGAGAGUCUUGGAAAGGAAAACCAGGCUUAUAGUGCCAAGGACAAGCGAGCUUUGGCAAUGUUCAACUAUGAGGAGAAAGCAAAGCGUGAGCAGGAGAUGGUUGAUUUGCAGCGUUUGGUGCAACGCCACAUAGGGAAUGAUGCUGGCCCUUCUUAUGAUCCGUUCGGUGGGGGGGAGAGUGUUGAUGCUUGAUCUUCAUGUAUGUUCUAUGUUCUUAUCUUUAUAGGUCAUGUUCAUUCUAUAAGGUAGGAAUAUUAUUUAAGUUAAGCCUGUUGCAUAUUAGCAUGUCUAAGUGUUCGAACAAUGUAAUGCAAAUAUUGGUAAUACACCAAUCAAAGGGAAUGGUAAUUUGUGGAAACCUAAAGUUUGACAGAUAUUGCAAGACUUAUUUGCAAGUCAAGAUGUUCUAACAAAGUACAGUGUUGGAGUUUGUAAGAAAUGUGUG